AAAAACUCAGAAGAAAAGGUUUUCCUUCACUUUCUCUUUCUCAUCCUCCAACCCCCCACCGUCGCCAACCAUGACAACAAUCAGUCUCCGGAAGGGAAACACCCGUCUCCCACCGGAAGUAAACCGCGUCCUCUACGUCCGCAACCUCCCCUUCAACAUAACAAGUGAAGAAAUGUACGACAUCUUCGGCAAAUACGGCGCAAUUCGCCAGAUCCGAAUCGGAACCAACAAAGACACUCGCGGCACCGCUUUCGUCGUAUACGAAGACAUCUACGACGCCAAAACCGCCGUCGAUCAUCUCUCCGGUUUCAACGUUGCCAAUCGGUAUCUGAUUGUUCUUUAUUAUCAGCAAGCGAAGAUGAGUAAGAAAUUUGAUCAGAAGAAGAAGGAGGAUGAGAUUGCUCGUAUGCAGGAGAAGUAUGGUGUAUCGACUAAAGAGAAGUAGUUGAUUAUAUUAUAUUCAGAACUUGAAGAACCAAACACACUGAGGAGAUUGACAAGGAACUGGGAAUGGGAAUUGAAGCUUUUGAAAAUUUAGGGCUUAGUUAUCCUUUAGUUUUGAAUGCUGAUUGGAAUAUUGUAUUGAUCUUUUAAUUUGCAACCGAAAGCUUUAAAGUGUUGUCGUCAGUAGCUUGCUAUAGAGGUGUAGCAGAGCGGCCUCUGGCCACUAUAAGGCACGCAUAGAGGAAUAUUUUAGUGUAGUAGAAGUAGAAGUUAUUGCGCAGCACCUCAGUUUAGUACAGUGGUGGAAUCAUUUAGUGCAAUCCCUUAAAUUUAAACACUGUGGUUUCUUGAUUGGGAUCAGAUAUUUUAAGAAUUUUGUAAUUUAAAGCACUAGAUCAGUGUUCUGGUUUCUUUCUCAAUUUGUCUCACUUCU